CUCCGUCAAGACGACAUCAUCAUGACAGUAUUGGAGGAUGUAUGCGGGUGGGAGCUUGAGAACAUACCGCUUAUGCAGCGUCUGCUUCGACCUGUUACCCGCCUAGCUACACUUGUCGACAGUACGAAUCUCUCCGCGUGGCAGAGAAGGUGGGCCUUCAAGAGCGUCCAGGAUGAAGUAAAUCAGCUCUGGGAGGAAUAUGGGCACUCGGGGAAAACCCAGAAGCUAAUGUGGAUGAAUGCGCAAACGGGACAAACUGAGUUCAGAGACCCAUUCACCGCGUUAACGUAUGCAUAUUUUGCGGCUUGUUGGGCGCUGCUGGACAUUGCUUCGCCGUCUGAGAGCAACACUGAGACCAUUUCCCUGCCUUUGCGCUCAUGCUCACCAUCCACUCCCCCUCAGGCAGGCAGCGAGCCUCAGCGUCGUCCGAAUUCGCAGUCGCCGCCCGUGAAAACACCACCAUCAGUGCGCUUCAUUUCUCCCUCAUCGUCUUCACCAACAUGGUCAUCUUCGUCGCCGGUUGCAGAGCAUCAUGCCCUCAUCCUCUCGGUGGCUUGGUACCUGCGGCUUCGCGACGUAGGGUUUUCUUAUCUGCGUCUUCAUUCGCCUCUUUUUGUCACUGCCAUGUAUUCAGCCAGCAUCGAACAGCGUCGCGUGGCCAGAAUGAUAUUCGAGGAGUGGGAGAGCGGUUCUCUUAAGGGAAUCGGGGCACUCGCGUUGGAGCGGCUUGAUGCGGAACCAGCGUGA